CUACAUAAGCCCAAAUACCCAACAGAUUAGUACCAAAAAAUCAAAAAACAAAAAUCCCAAUAGAAGAAGAUAAAUUUCCUUCCUCCCGUACAUACCCCUGCAACUUUCCCACUCCCCAAACACACACACACACACACACACACACCCCCCACUAUCUCUCUCUCCAUCUCUCUCUCUCUCUCUCUGUGAAAUCCCAAAUUCAUCUUUUUCUUCCAUCUCCAUGAAUUCCAUCCUCGCAAACCUCCAUUACUACCUAGUAAACCACCCAACAAUACUCCAUUUUUCAUGGACUCCACCUCAAACCUUUGGCUCCACAAUUCUUUUUCUCUCUCUCACCAUUUUCUCCUACCUCUUCCUCGCUUUCCUCCUCUCCCAUCUCUCUCUCCCACCAAUCCCCACCACCUUCCUCAAACCAAUCACCAUCCUCCACAACCUCUCUCUUCUCCUCCUCUCCCUCAUUAUGGCCGUUGGAUGCACACUAUCCUCCCUCUCCCAUGCACCUCAUCUCCACUGGAUCAUUUGCUUCCCUGCCAAAACCCCACCCACUGGGCCCCUCUUUUUCUGGGCCUACAUUUUCUACCUCUCUAAGAUUCUUGAAUUUCUGGACACCCUUUUAAUCAUCCUAAGUGGGUCCAUCAACCGGCUCUCUUUCCUCCACGUUUACCACCAUUCCACCGUGGUGUUGAUGUGCUAUCUUUGGCUACAAACCUCGCAAUCUCUAUUUCCCGUGGCGCUCGUGACGAAUGCGUCUGUGCACGUGCUGAUGUACGGGUACUAUUUGUUAUGUGCGGUUGGGAUCCGACCCAAGUGGAAACGGGUGGUGACGGACUGCCAGAUCGUGCAGUUUAUGUUCAGUUUUGCAGUUUCGGGUCGGAUGCUGUAUUUGCAUUUUUAUGGAUCCGGGUGCUCCGGGAUGUGGGGUUGGUGCUUCAAUGCCGUUUUCAAUGCCUCCCUUUUGUACCUGUUUUUUGAUUUUCAUAGCAAGAGUUAUAACAAGAAGAAGAAGGAAAAUGGGGUCCACAAUCGUGUGGACAAAAGCAAAGCCUCAUGAGUUUGUUUUUUUUUGUGUGGCGGAUAUUGGUUGGGUUGUGGUUGGUGUUGGAUUCUCUUUUUGAAUGAUCAUUUUCCAAAAUCUGUUUUGUACUUUUGCGUUUUGCCUCAUUAUUGACACAUUUUACAUGCAAAUCCCAGAAAAAAAGAACUUUGAAAAACUUUUCCACUUCAAAUAGCUUUCAUUUAUGUUUUUUUCUUUUUGGCAUUUUACAUGUAUUUGGUGAAAGACUCUGAUUUUGGAUGGGUGAAAAAUGGAAAUGUAGCAGUGCAAGUUGAUAAUAUACAACUUAAUUUGGUAUA